AUAAAGCAUAAAUAUUGUUUUGAUGGAGAACAAAGGAAUUGAUUGUCUCAUUUGAUAUGGAGAGUAUGAGAACAAACAUGCAGGAAUUAGCUGCUCCCAAGAUAAUUUUUUAUGCCAUGACUGAUUUGGGAAUAUGGCUCAAGACAUGUUUGAACACAGUCAGACCAAAAUCCCUGCAAAGUGCUUUGAAUGUCAAGAGGAACUUAACAAAAAUCAAGUACUAAAGUUGAUGAAUCCAAUCAAAGUUGGAUUGUACAAACGAUACUGUGCAAGAACUGAGAUUGACUCGAAGAGCCAGAGAGUACAAAAGUUACCAUACUGUACUUACUACGAAAUAUGGGACAUCAACAAUAACUCCCACAUCUUUUAUUGUCAAGGAGACAGCUUAAGAUAGGUCUGAUGUUUUGUCUGCUACAACAAACUCAAAAUUGCUUCUUCUUCCAAAGACAGAGAGAGCUCUGAAGUUCAACAAGAAGUGCUGUCUCAUUCUAAAUGAGGUGCAUUCCUAUACAUGCAGACUGACUGGUAGACAGCUAUGAGUCACGGACAGCAAAGAAAGUGUCUUGGAUAUGGACUUGGAGGCACAAAGAACGAAGAUUGUACCAAGAUGACUUGCUGCAGCUGAAGUACUUUGUGGUGUUAUAUCUGAGGCAUGAGUGAAGCCCAAGUUGAAAGAAAAAGCGUUGAUUCAAACUUUGGCCAACAUUUUGUAGGUUGGGAAACAAAUUCUAAAAGAUGUCCAAAGAAGUUUAUUUACAUUACAAAAGUUGAUAUAAGAUGGAAUUCAGAAAAUGAAGAAACAAACACAGAGUACUUUCAUAAAAUCCUCCAAUAUAAGGCAGUGAGAGAAUUCUUCUCAAAGCAUACAGAAGAGCAAUUCCAGAAUUUGUGUGAGAUAGCCCCUGAAGCUAAAGACUAUUCAGAUAAAAUAAGAAGU